AGGAACCGCACAGUACUGUGUCAACCCGACUGAACUGAGGUACCCAUUGACGAUUACUGGAUGUUUCUACUCACUGUUCGGCUUUGCUUUUACUUUACACCGAGGACAUCCCGAGAGGUGAUAUUUUAUUUCGACAGCACAGAUUAGAUCAUCCCUCUUGAGGCAUCAACUCCAUUUGCAUCCCAGUGUCUACUGCCGUUACCAUGUGGAAGGUAACUUAAUCUCCCAGCUUUUGCCCUCUGGCCUGUCUAAUGUCUGAGGACAGCGAUCCAAAGCACUACCCGUACUCAACCCUGGACGGGCACGAACGAAACCGGGAGAGGGUCGGUUUCCAGCUGGAGGAAGAAGAAGGUUCUCCUUGUGGCUCCAUCAGCCAGCUGCACCGCAUGGCCAGCGGCUACAACGAGGGUUGUGGCGGGCAGGACGGGGUCGAACUGGAACCGGAGUUAGGCUUAGCCUCUGAGGGGAGCGACAGCAGCCAUGAGCACCCAGCCUCACCGGGCUCCCCGCAUGAUGACAGGAAGCGGCCACGCCCAACCUUACACGAGGAUGUAGAAAUGGGUGGCAGUGGUUCGAGUGGGAGUGGGACAGAAUCUCAUGGCAACGAGUCGCAUGGCAAUGAGUCCCACGGAAAUGAAUCUGUGGGCAGCUCGAACGGCAACGGCAAGGAUUCUGCUCUGAUGGAGUCGUCAGGGAGCAACAAGAGCUCAAACUCUCACAGCCCCUCGCCGCCAAGCAGCUCCAACGCCUUUAGUCUGGUGAGCUCCGAGCAGGACAACCCUUCAACCAGUGGCUGCAGCAGCGAACAGUCAGCCAAAGCUAAGACACAGAAGGAGCUCUUUAAGACCCUCAAGGAGCUGAAGAUGCACUUGCCGUCGGAAAAGAGGAGCAAGGGCAAGUCCAGCACCGUCAACACGCUCAAAUAUGCCCUGCGAUGUGUCAAGCAGGUGAAAGCCAAUGAGGAGUAUUACCAGAUGCUGAUGACUAAUGACAGUCAGCCACCAGGUUUUGACGUAUCAUCCUACACCAUCGAGGAAAUCAACAGCAUCACCUCUGAAUACACCCUCAAAAACACUGAUAUAUUUGCUGUAGCUGUCUCCCUCAUCACGGGGAAGAUUGUUUACAUCUCAGACCAGGCGGCGUCCAUCUUGAACUGCAAACCUGAAGUGUUCAACAAUGCCAAGUUUGUGGAGUUCCUGACACCUCAGGAUGUUAGCAUGUUCUACAGCUUCACCACGCCCUACCGCCUGCCAUCAUGGAGCAUGUGCACCGGAGCAGAGUCUUCUCCCACGGAGUGCAUGCAGGAGAAAUCCUUCUUUUGCCGCAUCAGUGGUGGUAAGGAGCGUGAAGGGGAUCUCCAGUACUAUCCUUUCCGUAUGACUCCCUACCUGAUGAAAGUCCAGGAUCCUGAGCUGGCUGAGGAACAGUUCUGCUGCCUCCUGCUGGCUGAGAGGGUGCACUCUGGUUAUGAAGCACCCAGAAUCCCUACAGACAAACGUAUCUUCACCACCACACACACACCUAACUGUGUGUUCCAGGAUGUGGAUGAGAGGGCUGUUCCUCUGUUGGGUUUCCUCCCUCAGGACCUGAUUGGGACCCCCGUGCUGCUCAAUCUGCACCCAAGUGACCGACCCUUAAUGCUGGCUGUGCAUCGCAAGAUCCUGCAGUAUGCUGGUCAGCCAUUUGACCAUUCCUCCAUCCGCUUCUGUGCAAGAAAUGGGGAAUACAUCACCACCGACACCAGCUGGUCCAGCUUUGUCAACCCCUGGAGCCGCAAGGUCUCCUUUGUCAUUGGCAGGCACAAAGUCCGCAUGGGUCCUGUGAACGAAGAUGUGUUUGCAGCACCAGCUUUCCAUGGCGGGAAGAUCAUGGACUCAGACAUCCAGGAAAUUAGUGAACAGAUCCACAGGCUCCUACUCCAACCGGUCCACAACAUGGGCUCCAGUGGUUAUGGUAGCCAUGGCAGCAAUGGUUCCCAUGAACAACUGGUGAGCAUCAGCUCGUCCAGUGAGAGCAACGGGAACGUCACAACGGGGAACACAGCGGAGGAGACGGGCAAGGCCAAGCCUCCCAGGACAUUCCAGGAGAUUUGUAAGGGAGUCCACAUGCUGAAGAACCAAGACUCCCAGGUCAGCCUGCGCUCCCCUCCCCCUUCGCCCUCACCGUCUCCAUCCAAGCCCGAACCAAAGAAGACCACUGACACAGCAGCUGCAGCAGCUCAGAGGAGUCCAGCAGUGCGUCUGAAGGACUCAGCACCCCCUCCGCAGGCCAGAGACGGUACUGCAGCCAGCAUGGAGGACUUCUCCUGCAAAGACCAGACUGUCUGCUCCUACCAGCAGAUCAGCUGCCUCGACAGUGUCAUCAGAUACCUGGAGAGUUGUAACAUCCCCAUCACAGUGAAGAGAAAGUACCAGUUCUCCUCCAACACCACUUCCUCCAACUCUGAUGAUGACAAGAAGGGCUCAGUGGAAGGCUUGCAAGUGACUCCGGAUGCAAACACAGAUCCUUUGAUGCUAGAUGCCCAGCCAGGCCUGUCAAACAUGAAAGCGCCUAAGAAGCCUCCAUCUGGGGCAGCUGCUGUGGUGGGAGGCCCCCUGGCACCACUCACACUGCCCAGCAAGGCUGAGAGCGUCGUGUCCAUCACCUCGCAAUGCAGCUACAGCAGCACCAUCGUCCAUGUGGGAGACAAGAAGCCUCAGCCAGAGUCUGAGAUUAUCGAGGAUGUGGCAGGGAGCCCGGCACCCCCACCUUUGCCCAUUAGCGUGGUGUCUCCGCCCAGCCAGGAAAAGGAGGCCUAUAAGAGGCUGGGACUGACCAAGCAGGUGCUGGCAGCACACACCCAGAAAGAAGAGCAGGCCUUCCUCAACCGCUGCCGAGAGCUCCACAGCGCCAGGACCUUACAGAAGGACUGUUCCACAUAUCUGCACAAGCAUAGAGGGCCAGCCCAUGCUGAAGAAUCAUCUGGACAGCGAGGUGCUGCCAAACAGGGUGCUACCAGGCCAGAGACUACUGCCAAGAAGGGCAGCCGCAACAGGAAGUCCAAGAAGCCACGCAUGAAGCAUCCUGAGUCGUCGGACAGUGCUGUGUCUAACCGCAAACCCCGGCCCCCUCUCCAGGGUCUCAACCAAACCUCGUGGUCCCCGUCCGAAGCAUCCAUGUCAGCUUUUAACGUGUCCUACCCAGCCAUGGUGCCUGCAUAUCCACUCUACCCCCCAGCACCUGCCGCCCAGGCUCAGGCCCCCCGCCCUGACCCCUCCCUUUCUACAGGCUUUGGAGAGGGGCAGAGCACACAAGCCCCGCCCAACGCCACUCCAUUCCCCGCCCCCAUUGUUACACCUGUGGUGGCUUUAGUGCUGCCAAAUUACCUCUUCCCCCAAAUAGGACAGUUAAGUCAGAUAGGCCAGCUGGGGGCUGCUCCUAGACCUACAUUUUUCCCUGAGCAGACCCAGACACAACCUGCAUACACUACCCAGCAGCCCUUUCAGCCCCAGCAGCCGGCCUACACCAUGCAAACACAACCUCCCUUCACCAGCCAACAGCCGUUCCCUGUGCAGACUGCCUUUCCAUCCCAGCAGCCAUUCCAAGCCGCCCAGGCACCCUUCACUACCCAGCAGCCUUUCCAGGCUGCCCAGACCCCCUUUACUACCCAGCAGCCUUUCCAGGCUGCCCAGACCCCCUUUACUACCCAGCAGCCUUUCCAGGCCACACAGACUGCCUACACUACUCAGCAGCCCUUCGCUGCUCAGCCUUCUUUCCCAGUGCAGACUCAGUUUGUGACUCAAGCCCCUUAUCCAGCUCAGCCCUUCCCCUACAGCCUAACUUCUGAGCCCCCCAAAACCUCGGCCAUAGAGCCCCGAGAGGGGGCAGCGUCCCGCUCCUCCACUCCAGCCUCUGGGGCGCGGGAGCCCACGACAUCACCACCACUGUUUGAGUCGCGGUGCAGCUCACCCCUGCAGCUCAAUCUGCUGAGCAUGGAGGAGGGACAGCGCUCAGUGGAACGUCAGGACAGCACAGCGCCCCCUGCUGUAGCCCAAGGGAACAGCACAACAGCAGUGGGAGCAGCAGGGGAGAAGAACGGAACCACAGCCAAACCUGAAAGUCACCAACAGGUUGCGUCUCCAGGAGAUGGGGCUCACAGUGAUGGUAACUCCUCUUCCUGUGACCUGCUUGACAUUCUGCUGCAGGAGCAGGAGGAUUCCCACUCUGGCACUGGAUCAGCCACCUCUGGCUCCAUGGGCUCAGGGUCCGGCUCUGGAUCCGGCUCAGGAUCCGGCUCAGGCUGUAAUGGCUGUGGUACCUCAGCUAGUGGAGCCUCGGGCAGCAGAACAGGGAGCAGCAACACCAGCAAGUACUUCGGCAGUGUUGACUCCCUAGAACACGACCCAAAGACCAAGGCCAAAGCCAAGACAAGAGGCGAAGGAGACUGUGAAGAUGGCCAGUCGCAGGCCAAGGUCUCAACACAAGAGGGAGAGCAUUUCAUCAAAUACGUCCUCCAGAAGCCCCUCUGGCUACUGAUGGCCAAUGCUGACAACAAAGUCAUGAUGACGUAUCAAAUGCCAUCAAGGGACAUUCAGAAGGUCCUGCGGGAAGACAAGGAGAGGCUGAGGCAGAUGCAGAAGAGCCAGCCUCACUUCUCCUCCGACCAGCGACGAGAGCUGGUGGAGGAACACCCCUGGAUGAGAAGGGGGGGUCUACCUUCUGCUAUUAAUGUGAAGGAGUGUGUGUACUGUGAAGACGCAGCGGCAGCCCCCAUCGAGGAGAACCUGCCAGAAAUGGACAUGGGUGAGCUGGGGGAGGAGCUGAGACAAGAAGGCCAGAACACUCAGAGCCAAUCAGAGGAGACACGGCCUCAACCGGACUCUGGCUCCUGAACACAUCCCACCAGCAGGGGAAACAUUCGAAUAGUCAUGGACCCUCAUGAUGCACACACGUUGUGGAUGUGAGACAGAACAGCUGUGUGCCUGACCAUCCUCAUAAACCUCACACACACAACAUAAACUCAAGCAGAACUCUCUGUUGCCGUUGUGGUGGUUAUGAGGAUGUGUGCCGCUGGUGGGUUCGUAUGUGUGUGUGUUGGGUGUAGGACUGCUGCUGAAAUGCAGUUCUCAAUGCGCCCACACAGGGGGCAAUAGUGCUUUAUGGAGGUCUUUGUAUGCAUGACCCUCAUGUAGUACUUUUGCCAGCUCUCACACAAACACACACACACAAUAUCUCUGAAAUGAUCUGGGCCCAGCCUGCACGGUUGAUGACGUCCAAGAUAUAAAAUAUUUUUUUAUUUAAUUGUUUCCCAUCCUCUUUGUCACUCAGAGCUUUACAGCAACAUUAUUUCAAAAAUGGCAUGUAGUUCAUGGCCAUCUUAUAAAUAUCUAACUAUAUUUGAAAAAAAAGUUUUUUUUCUAUUUUGACUAAAGAACGGUCAUUAAAUGAUUAACAAACUUCUAUCAUCAAGCAACACAGCAUUGCUGUUAAAAAAGACUGCUGCCAGACAUCAUGUUUGUGUUUGCCACAUGGUCCCAUUCAAGCCCUACAAAUCCCAGGAUUCCUCUGGUUGGAUUCCUCUAUGGAGAAUAGUUGUGGUGCUCACUGGAUGAUGUAGGCUGGGGUCAAAGGGCAGGGGCUCCCAAUUUUUUGUCUUGAGUUUUUAGUCUCACUUCUCUCCUUGUACCUGAGUAUUCUCAGUAUCCAGGCAUCAGCAGUGGAGAUACAUGUAGGCUGAUUGUAACUUUCCCAAGUGCAAGAUAUUAAUUUAACUAUCAUAUUUAUUUUCUACCAGAUAAUGUAUCUAGUUUAGACUUCUUUUAAAAUGAAGCCAAAUCCAUUCACCUUAAAGACAGAACUUUAUAUAUUAACUGUUUACAUGUGUUUGACAAUAAACUCUACAGGAAGUCUGAGAGCUAAAAACUGGAGCUACAUGUAGCUUGUCCAUUUUACAGUAUAAUCUCCAAGUGUUAUAGGUAUCUGCUGUCCUCAAAUCAGCACAGGUGCUAUGAAGAAGUGGGCACCAUCAUAGAUUAAGAAGAUGCUGAAAUACUUGAUGCAUUGAUAGGUGAGAGGAUAUUCCUGAAGGCUUCAAAUCAAGUCCAAAGCAAAAGAAAGAUUUAUUUAAACUUACAAAAUCCUUUGGAUUAAAAGGGACCUAUUAUGCUCAUUUCCAGCUCUAUAUUUUUAUUUUUGAACUCCACUAGAAUAGCUUUGCAUGAUU